AACUCCCGGCAGAUGCUGGAUUGCCUUGUUAGGAAGUCAACAGUAGCCCGAAGGUUUACUUGUCAUCCAGAAGAAACAGUAUCUGUGUAAGAGUUGGCAUAGUAGGGAGAUGGAGGUCUUGGUAAUGGCACUGUUGAUGGUUGGGGCCUGUUAUGGUCAGAAUAAUGAUCAGGCUACUAUCAUGGAAUGGGAUGCAAGUCUAAUGCCUGACCCCUACACCAAUCCCAAGGCAUGUGGUCGCUACGAGAAUAAGCCAGCCUACGUCUGUGAUCCAAACAACCUGCUCCCGGCAAAAGGAGCUGACAUCCUUGACUGGUUGGCGGAGGGAACCUACUUGAAUGACACAAUGUGUCCAUGUUCUGACUGGCGAUGUGAAUCCACCGACGCCAAACCCUAUGGCACAAUCAUCAAUGUUGCACUCGUCAAGAAAAUCAAGCGACCAGAAGGACAGGAUCCCACAUCCGAGAACCUGCUGAAUGCUGCUCGACAGUUCACCUACACUCUGACCAAUGAACGCUGGAACAAGGGUGUCUGCAACAACAACAUCGUCAUCAUGUACUCCGCUGAAGAUGAAACGCUUUUUACCAUGGCUGGAAAGACAUCAGCACAACGACUCAAUAACGAUGUUAUUACGGAAAUCACCAAUCACCACAUGCGCCACUUUAAAAAUGGGAGGGACCUCACAGCCGGACUCUACAGUCUCAUUGUGGACUACAGGAAUGUAUUGCGAGGCGAGUACCAGUCCUGGCGGGAGUUUGACAAAUCACAGCGCCCCAUUGGGGGAGGAAAUGUUCCCGUCGCCUCAGUCGCUACAUUCCUCUCUCUUGCCAUCGCAUUUGUCCUCUCAUUCAGAUUUUAAACGGGGAAAUAUUCUCAAAACACAACAACCAUCACCAUCAACUUGGAAACUCUGAAACAUUGCCACAGGAAUUCUUCCAGGAUUGUUUCUAAUUCGAAAUGUCUGUAUGAAGGUUGUUAGAUAUCCAAGAAAUAUGACAGUUUACGAUUGUUAUUCAUUGUUGGGGCUUUAAAGGUAUAAACGUGUCAUUAAUGCAUGUAGUACAAAAAUCAUUGUUGGGGGGGGGGGGGGGGGGGGUAUGGUAUGGUUGUAUAAGACAAAAAUGUCUAUUUAUAAAGGUGGAUAGUAAGGCUGGUUUUUGUCCUACCCAGCUGUAUUAAGAUAAGUAGAGAUAGUAAAGAAAUGUAAUGCAUAAUUCACUUCAGUUAUGUUAAUAGGUUUGGUUUGGUUGUCCUUCAUACAUAUAAGGAAUAAAAUUUGAGUUUGUUCCUCAUAUAGUUAAAUGUCUACUAGACUUGAAAUAAUGUGGGAUCCAGCUUUCCUAUAAUGAGGAAGAAAUGUAAACCUUAACACCCACCGAUAUUGUCUUAAUACAGGACUGUGGCUUCUCGUAUACUAGACAGAUAACACCCACCGAUAUUGUCUUAAUACAGGACUGUGGCUUCUCGUAUACUAGACAUAUAACACCCACCGGUAUUGUCUUAAUACAGGACUGUGGCUUCUCGUAUUCAAGACAGAGGCUGUUAGCGGGGUAGUUUUACAAUGCUCUUGGCCCUGAACAAAUUAAACCCAGCGAAAUUCAUUUAACUGCUGCUAUGAACAGUAGUGAUUCAGUUCCCCAGAAUAUGGCCAAGUUUUAAAUCACAACAGUUUAAGCCAACAAAAGUAAAAAAAAACUACUGCUGCCCAGAGUUGACGGUAGAUCAGCCACCCAAAGUCUGCCUGUGAUAUGUACAGAAGACCCCCACCUUCGUUGAUAUAUUGUAGUUUCCCCAAAGGCCAAUUAUAAAGGGUGCUAUAUAUCAUCAAACUUAAUUUUUUGCCAAAGACACUUGUGAUAGGAAGUGGUCUGGCUUUCCUCAUCGAUUAUCGAGUAUCCAACAUCGAAUUAACAUCAAACAUCUGUUGGCUCUAAGCAGAAAGUGAUAAAUAUUUUAAAUACACAGAUGUAUUUUCAUUUGUUUAGUUUUGCAGGUUUUUUUUAGAAGGAUAUUAAGAAUGAAAAGCUUUAUAUAUAUUUGACUAUGAUAUUUAUUAUAACUGAAUGUAUUACAUGUAUAGUGUAUGUUGUGUGUGAUGUUUUCAGAUUCCACUAUGUUGGUAUUAGUGAGAUUAUUUACAGACGAGUACCUACAGGGUGAAGUAAAAAAAAUAAAAAAAUCUAUUAUUAUUAUUUUUGAAGAAGUACAUCAUAUGAAUAUUUUAACAAAAAGAGAAAUCAGAAAUCGAAUUGAGGCAUUCAAUAUUAGAUUUGAUGAUGAAAUUGAAUUGUUUUUGUCUUGAGAUAGUUAAAAGCAUCAAUCAUAUUUUCAAAUGUGUUGAGCGGUUACAUCAUAGUGACUUUAUACCAGGAAAUAUGAGUCACUGCUAACCAUCAUUUUUCUGUAAUGUAGGAGAAUUUGUGAUGACCACAAAUGUUAACACUGUUCAAAGUGAUUGAUUCUGAAUUUUUUCAAGUUUUGAUAGAACAUUGAAAUUUUAUGUUCCGAUCUGUUAUGUUAUUCAUCUUUCUGUAAAAUAUAAAGCCAUUGUGCCAUCCGGAAGAGAAGGUUAUGCUGUCAUGAUUAUUAUAUGAGUGUUGUAUGGGAGGAUGUCAGUUCCUGCGUUGGACCAUACUAUGUAUGUUUUGUUAACAAAAUACCAACUUGUUAGUAUGGUCAGUCAGGUGAUUUUGUAACUUGUUUGGGGAAAAACCUACACACGUUCCUAUAUUCCUGACGAUAUUGAAAUCUUUUGGUUGAGGUACAUGUACACUUGUAAUGAAAGGGCAGGAAAAAUGCGAUUUUUUUUUUAUCAGGUGGGGAAAAAAUUCUUACCAGAGGUUCAUUGAUGUAAAAAUUCCCUAUCCUUUUUUAAGGGGAAAUACUUGUCCAUGUAUUAACACAUUCAUUGUAUUUAUAUUUUACAUCCAUUUAUUUAGUCUGUGAAUGUUAUUUGAAAAUCAUACGUGUAAUGCCUCUAGUUUUAACAUAAUGCUUUUAAUUUCAGCAUCUUAGUCGUUUUAUUAGAUAUACAUACACUUCUCCCAUUGAAUGGUAUGACAGUAAUCCCCGUGUCUAACAAAGAUCUGGUUUAUUAAGAGUAAUUGUAUAAAACAUAUCUAUCCAUUUUAAUUUAAAAGAAACUGUUGUAGAAUUGAUCAAAUUCUUCCAGAUUCAUAAUUCAUACAAAAUAACAAAAUACUCAGUGUUUUCGUGUGUGAAGAUCCUUAAACUACAUUGUAUUCUUGUGUAGAUGUUAGAUUAAACAGAUUUAUUAAAGGAAGUUGUUCAGCAUUUUACCUGGAGUACAGGGUUUCCUGUCAAAGUUUGACAGAACUGUAUGAUCACAGGGAAUGAGAGUUGUUUUAGAUAUACAUAUAUUUUAUAAAUGUUAUUUAUGUACGACGUUGUAAAUGUUUUCUACCAUAUAUAUAAGUAAGUGCCUUAUUCUGUAUUUUUGCUUGACAUGUAUCAUAAUAGCGUUUUAUCUCUAUAUUUUUGUUCAAUGUAGACAAGACUUGUAAAUUGUAUCAUUAUGGAUCAUUAGAGAUCUUAACAUCCUUAUGAUCAAGACCCUUCAGUACUUUGAAGAGGCUUAAUUAACCUUUCAGCCGAAAUAUUUUAUAACAAUUUCGGUUAAAAAAAGAAAAAUGUUAAUAACAGAGUUUAAAGAUACACUCGCUGGCAUUGAUAAAUCUCAGAAAAUGUCUGAUGUAGCUUAUAACCUGAAUUAAAAAGUUUAAAACAGUGCUUCUUGUAACACAAGGGAGGGAAAUCCAACAAAGAGAAUAUAAACUAAUUACUUGAGUGAAGAUUUUGUAACAUUUCUGAUUUCUAAUUUAAGAAGUGAUUUUAAAAUGUCAUCAAAUUUGAACAAAAGAGUCAAACUAUCAAAUUUGAAUUCCUUGUAGAGCACUGUGUCAUUAUAACAGUACCAAUGAGUGAUGAAUGGCCUUGUUACAAUUGUUGGAGGAGGAAAUAUAAUUUGCCACAGUUAUUUACUAACAUUGUACGAAUGAAUUUGGUCUUGUUUUAGGAUUUUGUACUAUUUCAUAUUAAAAAAAGAUACUUUUACAUUUUUAGGAUCAUAGGUUGUUUCUUCUUUUUCUUUCCCUUUUAUUUUUUUAGAAAAGUAAGACAUUCAUUUUCUCUUUAAAUUUUGAAAAAAAAUGUAUUUUAUUGAAAUAUGUUGAACCAAUAUUUCUUAAAUCAAUAUUUCACUUUAUUUGACAUGCACAGAAAAUUCAAUUGCAAAUUGUUUUUGAACUUUAAAGAAUCUCGAACGUCUGUUCAUAUCAUCACUGUUUGGUGGUAGAUGAAUGCUGUCUAUGUAUGCCACUGUGCUUGCCUGCCUGCAAGAUUGACAAAUAAACAUUUAUAUUUUUCACCAAAAAA